CACACUGGAACCCUCCAUAAUCUAAACACCAUGGCUGAGUUUGAACAAGAUUUGCAAUGUUUUAAACCCUCCAUACCCUUCUCAGAAAUAAAUACAGAUAUCGAAACGAUAAACCAGUUCAUUCAGCCAAAUGCAAGCAUGAUGGGGAACUUCAAUAUUACAGAGUUCACAGUGGAUAAUUUCUUGGGCUUCCAACAACCUGAAUCUCAGGCAGACUUAUUGGCUCAUGAUCUUCCAGGUACUUCAUAUUCCAGCUGCUUAAAUGAACUGCCAAUUGUCCAUACCAUCACUUCAACAAGACAUGAUUUCCAUGAGAGAAAGAAGAGAAAAGCAUUGGAACUAUCAACAAGCAGCUCAGAGAGCAUUCCUUCAACAGCUUCUAGAGAGUUGAAAGAUAAUAGCAACUCUGCCAAAAAGAAUAGCUUAGAGAAAGGAAAGAAGAGGAGCAAUGAGAAAGAACAAGACAAACAAGAGGAAGUCAUUCAUGUUAGAGCAAAAAGAGGUCAAGCUACUGAUAGUCACAGCUUAGCAGAAAGGGUGAGAAGGCAGAAAAUCAAUUACAAGUUGAGAUGCUUGCAAGACCUUGUUCCUGGUUGCCACAAGGCAAUGGGAAUGGCGGUGAUGUUAGAUGAAAUUAUCAAUUAUGUGCAUUCACUCAAGAAUCAGGUUGAGUUUCUUUCCACGGAGCUUGCAGCUGCAUGCUCUUCUUAUAGCUUGGUCUCGUUUACAGAUGAAACGGCAAAAGCAAAGGGGACAAACUCACACCAGGCACACACCAUGGAGUACGGGGGGAGGGAACAAUAUGGAGAGCAAACUCGCUUCCACACAACAUGGCCACUUUGACUGAUUUAUGGCCCUUACUCCGGAAGUUGCUGCAAGCCACGUGAAUAUGCCUCCUACCCCUAUCUCCCACAAAACAAGUCUCUUUCCAAUUACUAGCUAGCAAAACAUGCUAUUGAUAUUUGAAUUACUUCAUGUAGGGCCGAGAACUAGACAGAAAAAGUCUGUAAUCUCUGUUUCUCUCUUUGUAAACUUUAAGGGCUGUAUACCUUUGACCAUCUAAAAGAAAAUUGUGGCUUGUAGCCUCCUAUGUAUCAAUGUUUCCAUGUCAGCAAGAACAGUUAAUUAAGCACAAAUUGGUUUUGAGGGGCCUGAUACAUUGCUUGUAAAUCAUAUGAGUUUGUCGACAAAAUUAUGUGGCACUUGUAUGAUUUUCAAUCCAUUAUAUGUUCAACUAGCUACUAGUGAGCACAUUAUACUU